AUGAAAGACCUGUUAAAGGAUCUCCCUAAUCAAUUGACUGGGGAUUCACCUCCACCUCCAUCCAUUCCUCAGCACCCUCCAAACCAACAACAGCAACAGUCGGGAUCAGGGUCAUCGUCUCCAUCACAUACACCCUCACCACCCAUACGAAACUACUCUGGCAAUGAGCUGUACAAUCAACAACAACAACAACAACAACAACAACACCAACAACAACAACAACAACUAUUAUUACAAUCUUUACCACCUGCACCACAAGUGAAUGCAUGGCAACUGUUUCCAGGUAAUGAAGUGACAUCUCUGCAACCCAAACCACUACAAGCAGCACGACUCAAGACAUUCUGGGCAGAGUUCUUAUCAUCCAAAUCCGACAAGGAUAAAGUCGCCCGUUUGAACCGUCUCCUCCCCUAUUUCCUCGGGUUGCAUGAGGAGCGACGUAUCGAUGUGCGUAACAUGACCGAUGUGUUUGGUACCAACGCCAAGUCAUUUGCAUUUGCCGUGUCGAGACGUCUGGUCAAAGAUUUACAGGAGCUGUCCAAGACAAUGACCGCUCAGCCACGCGAUGCGCAUGCGCGUGAACUCUACAAGUACCUGGCAACGAGUGGCAGCAAUGUCUGUGGGUUUGACCUGCUCUACACACUCGAGAUACUCUCUGAAGCAGCUAUCAGCUGCGAAGCCAUGUCUGAGGCAUCUGUCCCCUCGACAUUGGCACGUUCUCUACAACUACUCUUCCUCGUACCCUCCAAUAUCCUCGACCAAACACGCGGUAUUGUCGAAGACAAGAUCAUCCGUACACUGUGUCACCUCGCACGUCAACGACACGCAAUCGAGGAACUUCAAAAGUCCGACACACUCUCCAUCAUCUUUUCGCUAAUGACUGCCGAGUGUCCACCCACUCACCGUCUCUUCCGUUCCAAAGUAAUCUCCUUUGGUGCUGACCUAAGCGAUCUCUUAUCACCAACAAUCACCUAUUUAAAUUCAAAAAAAAUAAUAAUACAUUUAAUUCAAGAUAUAUCUAAUAAUUUUAAUAAUAUGGGGUAUAGUAAAGAGAUGAUUAUAUCAAUCAUCCAGAUGAUUUUCAAAAUAUUAUCAGAGUCUGCGAAAAAGUCUGCGAUUCUAUUAGAGGAUUUCCAACGAAACGAUGGAUACAACUUCCUCUUGACGGCACUCACAAAUCUCGAACCUUCUUGUAAAGAGAAACCACAUCUUUUCGACCAACUGCUCGACAGUAUCACUUCUCUUGUUUAUGUUGGAUAUGGAACUAUCACCCUUCCAGAUAGUUCACCAGUUCCCUAUCAAUCUUCAAUUACUCAAAGUUUAAAAGAAAUUUCAAGUCAAAAUUCAAUUGUAAAGAAUGAAUCAAUAUUAACAUUAUUUGAACAAUACUUUUUAAAUUCAAAAAUGGAAGAGAAUAGAUUAAAAGUAUUGGAUAAAAUCCUAUCAAUCUAUUCUUCCAAUCCCGCCAAUUUUAUAUUACUUCAACAUUUAAAAACUUUAACCAAUUUUAUUCAAUCUUUUGAAAAAUUAAGUUAUAAUUUAAAGUAUCAUGUAAUGAAAAUAGUAUGUUUUGUAGUUACAGUAUUAAAUGUUGUACCAUUCCAAGAACUGAAUACAUUUAGUUUAUUGGUUCAUGAAAAUCCAUCAGUCAAUACAUUAGAGAUGAUCUAUCAAUUGAUAACGACAUUGGUCAACUUUGAAUUCAGAUACAAACAUAUAUUUAGAGAAGCUGGACUACUCGAUAUCUUGAUCAAAGUAAUUGGUCUAUUGUCAACCGAAACAAUCGAUCGUUUUAAAUUAUUACAAAAACAACUAGGAAACAAGAGUCCUCAACAACAUCAACAACUACACGAACAACAUGAACAACAAGACCAAGAUAUUUCAACUCAAACAUUCCCAAUUUUAUUAGAUUCAAUUUAUUUAUUGAUUUCUGAACAUCCAGAUAAUAUUAAUAUAGUUAGAAAAUAUGGAUUUUUUGAUACAUUAUUAUCAAUAAUACCAUUUUCAUUUGUUAGAUUAAAAUCAUUAAGAAUAUUACAACAAUUAAUUAAAUAUGACAAUGAUACAACGCAAAGAGAAUUUGAUGGAUUGGUUAAAAUGUUGACAUCGACAUCAAAGGAAGCAUUUUGUGUCAAGACUGAUAUUUUCAACUCGAUCAAAAAACUAUUCACCAUUUCAAAAUUCUCUCGUGAUUCAUUCCGUGAACAUGGUGGUUUUGUUUCAAUCAUUUCAGUAUUGAUUGGAAUGGAAUCUAGUUUUAAAACUUGGGAUCAAGAAAAAAUACAAAGAAAACAAAUCAAACAAGAAGAAAAUGAUGAAGAGGAAAAUGAAACAAAUAUGAUUCAGGAAGAAGAAAAGAAUGAUAAACAAAUAAUUAUAAAUGGAAAAGAGAAGAUUCAAGAUGAAAGAUUACAUCUUUUAGAGGCGAUUUGUAGGACUACAACAUCGGCGUUGUGUGGCAACCAACAAAACCGAGCAUCGUUUGAACAACAGAUUGGAUACUCGACAUUUGCAACUGGACUUGUCAUGACGGGUGUACUCAACACGAGCAAGGCGUUGCGUGUGGUUGAUUUUAUCUUUGACAUGGUGACCGAGAAUUUGAACGGCAGCGAUGCUCUGUCCAACAGGAUGAUCAUUAAUAAUGUGGAGGCAUUCCAUGUUAUACUCGAUAUUAUCCCACAUAUUGACAACCAAAAUGACGUGCUUGACAUUGUACGUCGUCUCAAUAUGAUGGCAGAGUACGGACGUUACAAUCAAGAGGCGUUGAGCAAGCUGGCUAUUCCCGACUGGAUUCUAACCAAGUUUCCAACGUCGUUGUCCAAUGUCGACGAUCCGCUGCAGCCACAUUUGCUGACGCUGAUCCAGACAGUCGGCGCCAACUGCUUGUCGGGUAGUGAGCUGCGUCGCUUUGUGCGUCUGCUGCAGCCUGACCAUUCGCCAGAGGUGCUCCUCAAGAUCCUGUGCUCGAUGGCACAGUCACCUGCCGCACCACCCUAUUUUGAAUUUAAUUUGUCAAAGAUCCCAUAUGGGUACGUGCAUCUGCCGAUUGGAAGCACACGCAACUGGCCGCCAACCAACGGCUACUCGAUGUUGUUUUGGCUGUACAUUGAGCGUGGUGCGACCGGCGCGCAGCAGAUCGACCUCGUCAACGUCUACUCGGACGACCGCAAGUCGCAGCUGGCCAUCUUUAUCAAGGGCGGUCGUCUGACCAUCCACAUUUACAACAACAGCAAGUACGUGAUCGAGUAUGGUGCAUUUGCAUUUGAAGAGGGGAGAUGGUACCAUAUUGGUAUCGUGCACGCACGUCGUCUGCUCAGUGGCACAGACUUUAAAAUCUUUAUCGAUGGGUUCCUGCGGUACACGGCUGCCAAAGCACAGUACCCCGCGCAAGCGUCGACUUUGACGGUCGACUUGGGCGCCAGCAACCCGUCGCGGUUCCCAGCCGACCAGAUAUGGCGUAUCGGCCCAUUCUACCUGAUGGAGGAAGCACUGAGCAGCAAGCAUAUCAACACAAUCUACUUUUUGGGACCCAACUACUGUUCCAACUUCCGCGGUCGGUUCUCGCCCUACCAAACGUACGAGAUUAUCAAUAACCAGAAUUUGACGGCUAUCCGCGAGCUUGACUAUGGCGACCAGCUCGGCCCGCUCAAUCUUGCCAAGGUGUCGAUGCAGAUAGACGAGUCGCGCAUUAUCGCCGGUUUGUGCGCCAACAACCGUCGCGAGGUGCGUAUCAAGGACCGCGACCACGUCAGCGCCGGCUUGCCACCCCAUAUUGACAACAUCAUUGCCACCAGCAACGCCAACAAGGAUGCGUCCGCAUCGUCGUCCUCGUACGGCAACCAUUCCAUGGGUAGCGGUAAAGACGGUGAGAUCCGCAUUGAAAUUGUCAAUCAAGCCGACCCAAGUGGUAAAACACGCGGUCAGCUCGUCGCCAGCGUCGAAGCAUUCCGUCGCAACAAAGUAGCUGAUGGUAUACGAAAAAUCGGUGGUAUGCCAAUCGCCCUGUUACUCUUGGACAAGGCCGAUGAAGAAGAAGCACUGUUUGACGCGGUUGGACUGCUCGUCGGGUUGAUUCAAAAUCAUCCAACCAACACACACGAGAUGAGUAUCAUUAAUGGUGGGUUCCGUCUACUUGAAAAGAUACUCUCGUCGCUAUGUGCAUACCAAGAGAUCUACGUCACACUGUUCCAUCUGCUUCUGGGUAGCAAUCCCCAAGCUCUCACUGCACCCGCGUGCGGACCAGUCGACGACCAAUCACAGGCACAGUCACAGGACAAGAACGCUAUUUGCACACUCGAGUUUCACGAACUACUCAAUAUAUUCAAGACGGUUGAGCGUAACGUAUACUGCGUCGAAGCAGCACAGCUCAUCUUGUCAAUGGUCAAGAAAUCGUACGAGGAGAACUUCCAGCUGCUAGCAUCGUACCGUGAGCAACAGCAACAGCAACAUGCUGCCAACGCUGAUAUUGUCGACAACCCCGAGUCAGUGUCGAUCUUUUCGCCUGUCCUCGUGCCUGGCUCAGCGUUACCUCACGCAUCGCCCAACUCGUCGUCGUCGGCGUCGCCUAGUGUCGCCAACACGUCCCCACUGUCCAUCUCGCAGACUCUCAACCCACCCUCCAAGCCAAACGAGCUCAACAGCAGCACAGGCAGCGCCGGCAGUUCCGCCAGCAGCAGCAACCCGUCCACCUCGUCGUCGGCACCCAAUGCCAACCCAUCCUCCAACCAGUCCACCCCUACCACGGCCACCAACAACAUGCUGAGCAGAGUAGGCAGCUUCUUUAGCAAGGUCGAGGAAAAGACCAUGGAACUAGUCGAGUUGUCAAGCGAGGGAGUGCAAUCUGGCAAGAAGAAACGUGCAAGUAUCUCAACCAGUCCCGCACACCUAGCAUCUGCAUUCAAGCAAAUGUCAUCGGCAUCUGGUACAACUCCAACCUCUGGAGGAGCAGUAAACUCUAGCACUGGUGGUACAAACCUUACUUAUACUCAGAGUGAUCAUUCUAAUUUGUCAUCAUCAACAGCUUCAGGAGUAUCUACUGUCUCGUCAAUGAUGGAGCCGUCUCAACUUACCGCGUCAUCGUUAUUAGUGUCAUCCAAUGAAGUGGGAUUGGUUGCUCAACUCACUCCCAUUCAGUCACCUGAAGGAGCAUCGAAUCUACAACACACUAUUCUCAACUACUUUAUGUAUUUGUUCCAUGAGAACCCACAGUUCCAACAAGAGUGGUAUGCAACUGUCAAGUUUACUGCCAUGCUAGUGGAUCGUCUACAUGUAGAUGUGUUUAGACCAUCGCUUCAGCGUCGUGUCCUAUUGUUCCUCGUCAAGAUGCUUGAGAAGCUGGAAGCAGACCGUCCCGGACUCAAGCAUGUAUCGCCACUCUACCGCCAGCUGAACCGUGUCAUUUUACUGAUUGUCAACAACGCCCAUUCCGAGCAACAAGAGUUUAUCUACCUCGUCGGACAUAUACUCAAUCAUCAACGUAUCGUCUUUUCAGAGAACAACAGCGAUACCGAGUUCUUUGCAUCGUUGUGUUUCCCACUGUUCAAGUUGUCGGUGGUACAACCACAUAUGGAGUCGAUGAAUAUUGGCCAAGACGUGUCUGACACGGCAGCCAAGUUAUUCAAGUUGCUCAUGUCUACACGUAUCCCAAGCGAGGCGAUCAACCCACUACUCGUGUACCGUCCAUCCGGCAGUACCAAGACUGAGCUGGCCGACCUCCGUCCCGGCUUUGAACUCUUGGCACGCGGUAGUAUCCAAGGCGACUUUAAACCAUGGAUUCAAGAGAACUUGCUUAUCGUCAACAUGGUGUUUGAGGAAGGUCCUAAACGUGCACAUCAGACACAUUUGGCAGCCGAGCGAAAGAAUGCUGCCGAGACAUUACAGUCGAUCAAGUUGCGUCGCAAGGACCGUAUUGCACGCAAUGAAAAGACCGAGCGCAAGACAACUGCCCACGACGAAGAGCGUGUUGGACACACCACCAAAAAGAUCCAAUACUUUGUGCGAAGUGAAGCAGAGCGUAAGAAAAAGAUCAAGAGUCUCGAGGUUGACAAGCAGCGUUUCAACGCCAAGCAAUUUGAACAGAUUCGCGAGCAAGUCACUAGAGAACGUGCCGUGUGGGGUCCCGCCGCCCCAUCAACACUCGACAAGUGGAAACUCGACUCGACCGAGGGUCCAUACCGUAUGCGUAAAAAGACUGAAAAGAACUAUGACUUUUACAAAAACUAUCCAUACGUCCCACCUUCGUUUGACGAGCUUGGUGGCAACAAUCUGCUUCCACUACCAUCCAGCGGUGACAGUGAAGCGUUUAUAAAGUCACUCUCGGAAAACAGUGAUGUUGCCAAUAGUUUGGAACCUGCAUACUGGAAAUUUACAAGUACUACCGAUGGUUCAACUAUUGGUGGUAAUUAUAUUAAUGAACAACAGUCAAAUAAUAAUAAUAAUAAUAGUAACAAUAAUAAUAAUAAUAAUAAUAAUAAUGUAAACUCGACGACUGCAGUAACUGGAUCAACUGCAUCUUCAUCAACGACUGGGAAUAGAGUUAGAUCAUCUUCAAUGACAGUUAGUACAACAACAGCCAAGAUAUCUACACCUGUCAAGGCAAUGGACGAUAAUAGUAGUACGGGUGGCAGUCCAUCGAUUUUGAAUCGAUCUUCAUCGACUGAUAUUACACCACCUGCAUCUCCUUUACAUUCGUCUGCCGAGGAUUCAAUGUCAGUGUUACAAGUACAUGACCAAUCGAUGGAUCAGUCAAUGGAUCAAUCGAUGGAUCAAUCAAUGGAUCAAUCAGAUUUGAACAACAACAACAAUGGCAAUAGUAACAACUCGACAUCAAUCUUUUCGUUGAAUGAAGAAAAAGAGUCAUCGUCAACUGGUGUAUCAACACCGAUUAUGCAAGGUUUAAAGACAUCGAAUGAAAUCGAUGAAGAUUCACCUGCAGUUGACGAGAAUGAAGAACGUGGCGAAGAAGAGAAUCAUGCGUAUACACGUCUCCUCGAUCCAUACGACCAGAGCUAUCUCAGGGAGGAAAUGCGUCGCAACUAUCGUUUGACAACUGUCAUUUACAAUUGUGGUAGUGUCGAUGGUAUGGACAAGACCGAAGAAAAGAUUAAUACUGACUGGUUGACAGAAGGACAGGUUGUACAAAAGAAGAUGGUCUCUCACAAUUGCCUCAAAUGGGGGUACGAAGAAGUACGUGAGGUUCUCAAACGUCGUUAUCUCUUGCGUCCCGUUGCCAUCGAGUUGUUCUCGACCGAUGGUCGUAACACACUGAUCACGUUCAAGGACGAAACCACUCGUGACGAAGUGUACAGCAAGAUCAUCACCAACGUAUCCAACAACUCGAUUGGUGACAUUUCAGGUAUUUCGGGUGGACAGACUGGUGUUGAAGAAGAGUAUGGUCGCGACGUGGGUGUCAAGGAAAAGUUCACUUCCAUGUGGAGAAAAUCACCGCUCACACUCAAGUGGCAACAAGGACAGAUCUCCAACUUCCAGUACUUGAUGCAUCUCAACACAUUGGCCGGACGUUCAUACAAUGAUUUGACACAAUACCCAGUGUUCCCAUGGAUUCUCAAGGACUUUACCAGCGAAGAGUUGGAUUUGGACGACUCGACACCGUCCUUUACAAAAUACAUUUUAUGGGGUCUGCCAGACGGCUCCAUCCGUUACCACAACGGUGACAAGAUGAAAGCACUCGAAGAUCACCACGAUGGCCCGCUCACUGUCCUCACUUCAACCGAUGACGGACUGAUUUGUGUCAGUGGUGGUGUCGACUCGAUGGUCUGUGUAUUUAACUUGAAGCGAUUCUCACUUACCAAGCGUCUCUGUGGCCACACGGGUAUCGUCACUGCCUUGGCUGCAUCACGUCCCUACUCUGUGAUUGUGUCGGGUUCAGAAGACCACACUGCCAUCAUUUGGGAUCUCAACCGCAUGCGUUAUGUGCGUACACUUCAAGGACACGACGGCGCCAUCUCAUGUAUUGCCGUCCACGACACCACUGGUGACAUUGUCACUUGUUCGGGCACCACCAUCAAUGUCUACACGAUCAAUGGUGAAAUGCUACUUACACUCAAGACAUCACAAAUCAUCUAUGACCAAAUCACCACUUGCUAUUGGUCUAAAGGUGCCGAAUGGCUUGGCGAGAAUGUACUCAUCACAGGUCAUCGCGAUGGAAAAAUCAAGGUUUGGGGUUUGGAGAGCCGUCUCCUUCCCUCCAUCGACAGUGAACCACUCUCAACUCUUGUCUUUAAAAAUGUAUUAAUACUUCGUUCAACUUUUUAUAAUCUUCAAUCUCAUAAUACUGCAAUCACUUCAAUUUAUUUAACAAAUGACCAACAAAAAUUAUAUACAGGUGAUAUUGAAGGUAAAAUUUGUUUAUGGUCAGACUCUGAUUCAUCACAAAUUAAACAACGUGGUUGGACUUUAAAUCCGACAGAUUUAAGAACAAUGUUACCAACAAAUGUUGGAACAGGAACUAAACAUGGAUUAUUCUAA